AUGAGUAUAUUGUUAGAGGGUUGGAGAGAAAGGUUAGAGGAUAGAGGACGCAGGAUCAGCAGACUGAAGACGGAAUGCAUGAAAUGCCACUUCGGAGAGGAGGAUGAGCAGGAGGUGGAUUUGGAAAUAGACCUAGAAGUACUCAGAGAGACUGAUAUCUUCACGUACCUAGGGUCUAUGGUGCAACAUGAUGGAGGGGUGGAAGCAGAGAUUACAAAUAUGAUACAAAGUGGAUGGAGGAAUUCGAGGAAGUGUGCUGGAGUAAUGACGGAUAAGAGAAUGAGCAUGAGGCUAAAGAGAAGGAUCUACACUAGUAGGGGGCUCUUGGACUCGUGUGGUCGGUCACCACAGAUAGCUUCGAGUUCAAAAGAAAUAUAA